AUGCCACAAGAUCCAAAUCUUUACGGGCAACGGCCUGCCAAGCGGCAAAAGAAGGGGAUCCCGCUUUCGGGCUCUCUAGACUUUGCUUCUCAACUGACCUCCCUCCUCUCAACGUCCGCCUCCGACCCAUCAUCAGCGUCGUCCUCCGCAGUAGCGUUCGGCCGCGCCCGCCCUUCCAAAAAUAAAGACGACAUAUUUUCCGUCAAGGCGAAGCGGAAAGCGGGUACCUCCACUUCCACAGCAGAAAAUGACGGUAAAGAUGGCGCAAAGAUCCAGCUCAAAGAGGUCCGCGGCACCGAAGAUGAGAAACAAGACCUCGCACGUGCGCGCCGCAAGAUGGAAGAGAAAGCGAGGCUGUAUGCCGCCAUGAAGCGCGGGGAUUACAUCGCGAAGGAAGGCGAGGCCGCGCCCCUCGUCGACUUCGAUCGCAAGUGGGCGGAGCGGCAUCCUGAAGACGCCGACGACAAUAACACGUACUCGAGCUCCGGGACAGACGACUCAGAUGCGGACGAUGCCGACCAGGAAAUGGUCGAAUUCAAAGACGAAUUCGGACGUACCCGCCGCGCCACCCGCGCCGAAGCAACCCGCUACGAGCGGCGGCAACAACGCAGCGCGCUCGGUGCCGCAGAGCUAGAAACCAUGGCGGCGAAACCCAUCAAGGCGCCCGAACGCCUGAUCUUCGGGGACGUGAUCCAAUCCGGCGCAUUCAACCCCGAGGACGACACAAUCAACAAGAUGGAGAAUCUAGCCGCGAAGCGGGAUAAAUCGCCAACCCCGCCUCCCGACACGCAUUUCGACGGGCGCGCGGAGAUCCGGACCAAGGGAGUUGGGUUCUACCAGUUCAGCCAUGACAAGGAUUCGCGGAAGGAGGAGAUGGAGGCGCUGGAGAGAGAGCGGGAUAAUACGGAACGGGUGCGACGGGAGAGGGAGGAACAGAAGGAGAAGCGGAGGAGGGAGAUCGAGGAGCGUCGGAAGAAGAUUGGGGCGAAGCGCGCGGAGAAGAUGGCGGAGAGCUUUUUGGAUGGGCUGGCGGGGGAGAUGGGGACGUCUGGUGCUGGUGGGAAGGGGAAGGAGUCUGAGGAGGGGACGCGGAAGAGCACUGGUUCGUGA